AUGAAUGACUUUGGAAUCAAGAACAUGGACCAAGUGGCCCCUGUCGCUAACAGCUUUCGAGGAACACUCAAGCGCCAGCCGGCCUUUGACACCUUCGACGGCUCCCUGUUUGCUGUGUUCCCCUCGCUCAGUGAGGACCAGACGCUCCAGGAAGUGCCCACAGGCUUGGAUUCUGUCUCCCACGAUGCAGCCAGCUGCGAGCUGCCCUUGCUCACUCCCUGCAGCAAGGCAGUGAUGAGCCAAGCCCUAAAAGCCACCUUCAGCGGCUUCCACAAGGAGCAGCGGCGUCUUGGCAUUCCCAAAAACCCCUGGCUGUGGAGCCAGCAGCAGGUGUGCCAGUGGCUGCUCUGGGCCAGUAACGAGUUCAGCCUGGUCAACGUGAACCUGCAGCGCUUUGGCAUGAAUGGCCAGACGCUGUGCAACUUGGGCAAGGAGCGCUUCCUGGAGCUGGCACCUGACUUCGUGGGCGACAUCCUCUGGGAGCACCUGGAGCAGAUGCUCAAAGAGAACCAAGAAAAGACGGAAGACCAAUAUGAAGAAAACUCACACCUCAACUCCGUUUCUCAUUGGAUCAACAGCAAUACAUUAGGCUUCGGUGUGGAGCAGGCUCCCUACGGGAUGCAGGCACAAAGCUACCCCAAAGACAGCCUCUUGGACAGCGUGUGCCCGCCGUCCGCCACGCCCUCGGCCCUCGCCUCCGAGCAGGAGUUCCAGAUGCUGCCCAAGUCCCGGCUCAGUACCGUCAGUGUCAACUACUGCUCUGUGGGCCAGGACUUCCCCGGUGGCAGCCUGAACUUGCUCACCAGCAGUUCCGGAAAGCCCAAGGAGCACGACUCCCCGGAGAGCGGCGGGGACAGCUUCGAGAGCUCUGACUCGCUGCUGCGCUCCUGGACCAGCCAGUCGUCGCUGCUGGACGUGCAGCGCGUGCCUUCCUUCGAGAGCUUCGAGGAGGACUGCAGCCAGGCGCUGUGCCUCAGCAAGCCCACCAUGUCCUUCAAGGACUACAUCCAGGAGCGGAGCGACCCGGUGGAGCAGGGCAAACCGGUUAUCCCGGCAGCCGUGCUGGCUGGCUUCACCGGGAGUGGACCAAUCCAGCUGUGGCAGUUCCUUCUGGAGCUGCUGUCCGACAAGUCCUGCCAGUCCUUCAUCAGCUGGACAGGGGACGGAUGGGAGUUCAAGCUCGCUGACCCUGAUGAGGUGGCCCGCCGGUGGGGGAAGAGGAAGAACAAGCCGAAGAUGAACUACGAGAAGCUGAGCCGCGGCCUGCGCUACUACUACGACAAGAACAUCAUCCACAAGACGUCGGGGAAGCGCUACGUCUACCGCUUUGUGUGCGACCUUCAGAACUUGCUGGGGUUUGCCCCCGAGGAGCUGCACGCCAUCCUGGGUGUCCAGCCUGACACGGAAGACUGAGCUCCUCAGGGCCACCCUGAGCCGGCCCCGAGCGCAGGGACUGAGUGGGAAGGCCGUCCUGGCCCACGCUGCAGAGACCCACGGGAGGGCAGGAUGGAGCCCCUCGGGGAGAGCCACACGCAGCCGUGACCUUCCUUCUCCCUUGCCUCUUCCACAAGCCAGCUCCCCGUGGCGGAAACUGGCAUGGCCUCUGUCCCGAGGCAAGCCCCGGAAGGGAAGAGGCUCUGGAAGCCGCUGUGGCACCGCGCAGGCCGAGGGCAGAUCGCGAUCUUUCCGGCGAUUUGAGAUGCUCCAGGAGCCAGCAUGAUGCGGACACACAAACACUGAGAGACGUGUCUUUCCUUUGGCCUUUUGCCACCAGGAGUAGCAGAGGCCGCCCCGCCAUGAGAGAGGUGGAGGGCGGUGGGCGCCCCAUUUCAGAAGUUAGUUUGUACAUAUUGUUGUACCUUUAAUUGUCAGAAUCCUCCAGCAGCUCUAUUUAACAGAAAUUGUAUAUUGUAUUUAAAGUGAUUAUAACCUGUUUGAAUCAAGAAUGCAGAUCCCUGCUAGGUUAUGCAUUGUUCCCCUCGUAUACAGGAACGUCCAUUUACACAGACGUCACCUCUCAGGGCCCACUGAGAGAAAUCAAAACACGCUGUUCUCAUUUUUGUUACCAACAGGAAUGGGGUCUGAAGGAUGACCCUAGUUUUUACUUCUGUUUUGUUUUAUUAUUGUUAUUUUAGUUCUGGCUUGCUCAUUAUCUGGCCAGGAUUUUGUAUGUUGGGAUUUUUUUUAUAAGACUCUUAAUGUUAUUAUUUGAGCGUGCAUCUGGCCUUUCCAUUUUCUCCUGGACUGUAGAAGCUGCAAAGCAGUAUUUUUCUUGACAAAUGGCACAUGUUUUCCACAUCCCUGCAUGCCAUCAGUUUAUACACAAACACUGAAGUGUAUUUUAUUUUUUUGAUGUGACUAUGUUUUCCAGGCAGCUCCCCUCCCCCGAGCCAGGCUUUCCUUCCUUUGCCCCAGGUGUCCUGUACGACAGCAACAAGAAGACUAUUUUUGGAAAUAUAUGACUCCUUUUCAGAGACCAGAAGGGCUUUAUGUAGCAGCUAUUUUUACUGCAAAAGUAACUCACUGGAAAAAAAAUGUAAUUUGUAUGAAAGCUUUAUUUUUAUCUUCACUUGUGUAAAGGGAGAGGUGUUGGGCAGGGCUGAGGAGAACGGGAGGGAUCUCCCAUCAGUCUUAACCUUAAAUGGAGCGUGGCGCUUCCGCCUCUCUGUGCUGCCAUGUUCUUCCUGUCUGGGUUGCAUGCUCUGCUUUCUGCUCCGUGUCCUCAGAGAGUUUACUCCUCUUAUUUUCUUGGCCAUGGAUGAUGCCCAGCAGCACAGGCAGGACAAGCGGGAGGGGGACAGUGUUGGUGCAGUCACUUGUUUUUGAAAGCGGAUGGGUUUGCCCUUUAUUAGCAGGGUUGCCUGGGGCCAGCAAGUGAUACUGAUGAAGAGUCAUCAUGCUGCGAGACCACGCAGGGACGCAGGAGCAGCUGGGGCCUGCUGUGCCAGCCCUGGGGUGUUCUGCGGGUAAGCACAGGAUCUGUUUGUUGCUGGGACAUCUGUCUGUCACGUAAACACAUGGGACUAAGCACAGUUCUCUCAGAAGCUCAGCCAUCAGGCCGCUCCUGUGCGGGUGAGCCACGUGAACUUGCCAAGGUUAGCCUGAGUUUUGUCAGCCAAGAUGGGAGUUUUACAUGGUUUCGGAAGUCCUCGGAAGUAUUUGGUGCGGUCUUACGUAUGAAGGUUUUGUAAUUUGGCCUUUUAUUUCUCAAAUAAUAAAGUAUUUGGUCAAGCCAAUGCCUCCAUAA